AUGUCGUUCGCUCAAAGAGAUAGAGAGCCGUUAAGAGAUUAUCUCACCCGCUUUAACAACGAAUCAAUCACUAUUCCCAAUUUGCAGCAGGAGGUUGCUGUUCUGGCUCUGAUGAGGGGAAUGCAAGAGUGCGAAUUCAAGAAGUACCUCAGCCGGAAGUCAUACACUAAUCUGGGCGACGUCCUGCACAAGGCCAAUGAGUACAUCAGGGGGGAUGAAAUGAUGAAGAUCUCCAAUGUGGUAGUGGCAACCGGCGGAAAUGUCGGGUACAACCCAGGCUAUAACCCCCAGGCGGGAAAAGGAGGAAACAAUUUUCACCAGAACAAUAAUCAGCAAGGGGCAAGCCAGAGAAACCAGAAUAACAGAAAUGCCAAUCCGCAGGGGCAGAGACCCCGGCAAGACAGAAGGGAGUCCAGAGGACUCUUUGAUAACUACACUCCGCUGAACACACCGCGGACGGCAAUUUACAACAUAAACAACAAGAUGGACGGCUGGAGAAGGCCGCCACCAAUGCAGAGUAGGGAAAGGAAUGUCAAGAAAUUUUGUGACUUCCAUAAUGAGCACGGCCACCUAACAGAGGACUGCAGAGACCUCAAAGACAACAUUGAGGAUAUGGUCAGAAAGGGGUAUUUUUCACAGUAUAGGGCGAGGCAAGGAAAUGGUAACAACAACUCGGUGGGGGGAAACCCUGCCUAUUCAUACCGGCCACAACAGCAAAAUCAACAACAAUACCCUAGAAUCGAGCAGCCAUAUCAGCCACCUAGAAUCGAGCAAAAACAGCCGGAAACCAGUGCCAGAGCAGAACAGAGGGAUGGCGGGAAAAAACCACCCGUAUAUGUAAUUUCUGGCGGUCCAGUCCACGGAGGGACAAUAAGCGGCGCCAGUAGAAGUUUGGAGGAACACAGGCACAUGGUAAACUAUCAUAACACAAGAGUGUGGCCUAACCCACCCAGCAUACCAGUGAUGACGUUCUCGGAAUCAGAUUGCAGAGGCAUCAUUUUCCCGCAUGAUGACCCGCUAGUUCUUACAAUCGAUAUAGCAAAUGCCGAUGUGAACAGAGUACUGGUAGACGGCGGCAGCUCAGCAAACAUCAUCUUCUGGGAAGCCUUCAAGCAAUUGCACAUACCAGAGGACGAGCUUCAAAGGGUGAACUACCCAGUAAUCGGUUUUUCAAGAUCUACAGUGUACCCAGAGGGUAGUAUACGGCUGCCGGUGAAAAUCGGAGAAGGAUCUGAAAUGCGGGAUCUCAUGGAGUGCGAUUUAGCCUGUCAGAUAUAUAUGUCGAACCUGGAAAGGCCGGCAAAGAUAAGGGGAAGUCAGUUGGCGGCAAGAUCCUGUUACUUGACUGCUUUGAGAACACCGGGAAGAAUGGUCCCAGAAGUAAACUUGACUACUGUGCCGGAAAGGCAAGAGGUACACUUGACUACUAAGCCGGCAAGACAAGAACAUCUGCCAAAAAAGAAGAACUGCGCAAAAAGAGGUCGAACUGACUUGAACAUGGAACACUUUGAUGAGAGGCCGGUAUCAGCACCAAGACCAAUGCCAGAUGGUCUGACAGAAAAUAUCGAGCUGGAGGUUGGAAAUAUGGAUAGAACAGUCGUGAUCGGUACAGAAAUGGGGAGUGACAUGAAGGUCAACCUCAUAAGCUUGCUGAGGGAGCACGCGGACAUCUUCGCAUUCUCAGCGGAUGAGAUGCCUGGUAUCGAUCCAGAGAUAAUGGUCCACCGGUUAAACGCCGAUAGAAAUGUUAGGCCUGUACGGCAGAAAAAACGUAAUUUCUCCACGGAAAAAAUGGCAGCGAUACAAGAAGAGGUGGAUAAACUGCUGGCGGCAGGUUUUAUUGAGCCAUGUGACUACCCUGAAUGGUUGGCAAAUGUAGUAAUGGUAAAAAAGCCGAAUGGGUCAUGGAGAAUGUGCGUAGAUUUCACCAACCUUAACAGGGCAUGUCCGAAAGAUUUCUACCCACUACCACGGAUUGAUAGGCUGGUAGACUCUACCAGCGGCCAUGCAAUGCUCAGUUUCCUAGACGCUUUCUCAGGGUAUCAUCAGGUCAGCCUGCAUAAAUCAGACAGGAAGAAGGCGGCUUUUAUCACGGAUGCAGGAGUUUUCUGUUAUAAGGCGAUGCCAUUCUGGUUGAAAAAUGCAAGGGCAACGUAUCAAAGGCUGGUCGACAAGGUGUUUGCCGACCAAAAAGGCAGAAACGUGGAGGUCUAUGUAGAUGACUCUAUCGUAAAAAGCCGGAAAGAGGAGAAUCAUGUUAACGAUCUCCGAGAAACUUUUGAAACUUUGAGAAAGUACAGGAUGAAAUUAAACCCAAAAAAAUGCGUCUUCGGAGUAAGGUCGGGAAAAUUCCUGGGUUUCUUGGUCAGCGAGCGUGGCAUAGACGCUAGCCCUGAAAAAGUAGAAGCAAUCAUCAGUCUGCCGCAACCCAAAAGCGUAAAAGACAUACAGCGGUUGACAGGAAAAAUGGCCGCCUUAAACAGAUUUGUGAGCAAGUCGGCAGAUAAGCAAAUGCCCUUCUUCACAACCUUGCGUCAAAACAAGAAAUUCAAAUGGGGGCCGGCAGAGCAAGAUGCUUUUAAAGCUCUAAAAAGUCACCUAAAGAACCUGCCAACAAUAGCAAGGGCAAAAGAAGGCGGAAAAUUACAGUUGUACAUAUCGGCGUCGCCAAAAACAGUUGCAGCAGUGCUGGUAGCCGAAACAGAAAACAAAGGGCAGCAACCAGUAUAUUUUGUGAGCCAUGUGCUAAACGGCCCAGAAACAAGAUAUACAUUGGUGGAAAAAAUGGCAUAUGCAGUCCUCAUCGCGGCUAGAAAAUUAAGACCAUACUUUGAUGCGCAUACAAUCGAAGUGCUAACAAACUUUCCUCUCGAAAAAGCCAUCAGCAAGCUAGAUACAUCAGGCCGGCUGCUAAAAUGGGCAAUAGAGUUGUCCGAGUUUGACUUGGAAUUCCGGCCAAGAACUGCAAUCAAAGCCCAGGCAUUGGCGGACUUCAUAGUUGAAGCGUCAUACCAAGAGGAUGAAGUACAAGCUGAAGUAUGGGAUGUGUCAGUGGAUGGUUCAGCUGCACAGACAGGCAGUGGGGCCGAAAUAAUCAUGAAAUCGCCAACAGGAGACAUUUUUGAGUAUGCUAUAAAGUUUAUGUUCAACGCGUCAAAUAACGAGGUAGAAUACGAGGCAGCCAUCGCCGACAUCCAAAUGUGCCUCGCAGCGUAUGCCAAAAGAGUAACACUGACAACAGACUCCCAGCUGGUAGCAAGUCAAUUCAGUGGAGAGUAUGAGGCAGGUCAAAUACCUGGAGAAGUUGAGGUCAGUGUCGGCUUAGCUAGAGAAAUUUAG